AUGGGAAAAGUCGGUGAUGAUGAUACUCCAACGACCCGCAUGUAUAUACGUAGUCUCAAGCGUCUAGGGAUCCUUUCAUCUGCACAUGCCAUUGUGGAGUACAUACGCACGAUACCGGUAGUCCCUGGUCAGUGGGUUUCAUACCGCGACCGUCGAAUUGGUCCAGAAAUGACGGCGCAACCACAACAAGACGACAUCGACGACGACGACGACGACGAGGAUGCUGAUUCGAUUCCGCUGCGGACGGAAGAAGAGCGCCUGAGAGCAAGACAACAAGAGGAAAAAAAGAUCAGCCUUGGCCCAAACGGGAAAACUUCGACAUAUCCAGUUACAGUUCCAGUUCUCAUGGCUGACGUGCUUCUUCACUCGGCUCUUCUCUGCUGUGCAGCAUGGGCAUCAUCAUCAUCGCUGGCUCGCUCCCUGCAGAGACGCUUUGCUGCCCGCUGGUUUGCCGCUGCCGCCGCCGCUGCUCUCUUUUCUCGCUCGCUCGCUCGCUCGCUCAUCCAGCACGACGGCGACUACCAUUUGCUCGCGUGCUUGACCGCAAUGCACGCUCUUUUCGAUUGGGAAUCGUGCCAUCAGGCCAGCUCCUGUAAGCUUCGAGACGGCAUCUUCCCUAUCGAUUGCCAUUUUCCGGGACCGUCCAUACCAUCUCGUCACGGGAAUGACCAUCACCAACUCGUUUCACACCCGAACGAGGAAGAUCUUCUCCACUUUCCCCUAUGGUGCCCGGCUUGGACGAGUUUCAGGUAG